AUGAAGGAGGCUUUCAGAGUCCGUGAUGAAAUGUUGAAGGUGGGAUUUGAUCCUACCAUUACCACUUACAAGGCUCUUGUACUAGGCUGUUGCACACACCAUGAAGUUGAGCAAGCUAAAGAGCUCCUCAAAGAAAUGAAAAGGGCAUCUGAUAUGUCAGAUUCAGGACUAGUUCGAUAUGCUUACAGCGAUAAUUCUUACAAUUUUGUGAUGUAUAAAGAAGGAGGGCUUGAGGAAGCAUCUGAUUUACUUCCUGAGAUGUUAGAGUUAGAGUCAGGAUUAGUGCCACAUACAUUAAUAUAUGAUACCUUGAUUGAUGAGUGCUGCACAAAAGGGAUUGGGACUAAAGGGAGUCUGGAUGAAAUAGAUAAGGCUGUUGCAUACAAAGAUGAGAUGAUUAGCAGAGGGAUAGAGCCAACGAUUGUCACUUACACUUUGUUGAUUGUGGCACUGUUCGAGGUAGGGCGCUCUUGGGGAGCUGAGGAUAUGAUAAAAGAAAUGCAAGAAAAAGGGUUGAAGCUGGAUGUUUAUACUUAUAACACAUUGAUGAGUGGUUAUGCUAAAUGCAAGUACAUAGAUGCACACAUAGGCAUUUAUGAUGAAAUGGUGGAGAAAAGGAUUCAGCCCAAUCUGUUGGCGUAUAAUACCAUGAUGCUAGGGCACUGCAGGUGUUCGGAAGCUCAGAAACUUUUUGAUAAGAUGAAGACAAGUGGGAUCAAACCUGAUCAUCUUAGUUACAAUUUACUCAUUGCUGGUUAUAGUUAUAGAGGAGGUUAUGUGAAGGAGGCUUUCAGAGUUCGGGAUGAAAUGUUGAAGAAUGGAAUUGAUCCUACCUUUACCACUUACGAUGCUCUUAUACUGGGCUUGCGCAUAAACCAUGAAGUUGAGCAAGCUGAAGAGCUCCUCAAAGAAAUGGUUAGUAAGGGCAUUUGUACUCCUGAUGACAAGAAGUAUCUAAUUUUAACUGAUAUGGUACAUAGGGAAAGAUAA